UAUCCAACUCCCUAUCCAAAGAUUAACUAAACCAAAGACUAACUUCCAAGAAAUGUUGGAAAUUGCUUAGAUCUCUCGAUCGUCUCAAAAUAGAUCUCGGAGCAUUACAAUUUUAAGCGCCUCACUUAUUACAAAUUCCAUUUCAUAUCUACAUACGUCGGCGUAAGCAUGACAAUUGUGCUAUAGCGACGCACGCAUGAUGAUUAUGAUGCUUAUGAUGAUUAUGAUAAAUAUUUAGAUACCGCGCGCGCAUGCCCAGAGGACGCUCGCGAUUGAUGCGAUUCGCAUCAAUGCCGUGGCGGCCUAGACCUAGACGCGAGCGGUACCAUAUUUGUAAAGAAAGGUUAGCAGAAGAGAGUCGUACGCGUGUAUGGAUCGCCCUAAGGCAGGACCCACAAGCGAGGCUGAAAUUUUAAAUUGAAAGUUACACUCGGCGAAAAGAAUCGAUGCUGUCGUUGCGUUUGCUGCGCUCGCGACGAGAAACGAGAAAUUCGUGCAACAGUUUCGUGACGUGUCGCGUGGCUUGUCAUCUGACAGGUGCGAAUCAGCUGUGUGAUUCGGGAGUACACCGUUCUACCACGUUGAUCUCUUGUAUUUAUAUCGUUCUGCAUCUUGGCAUUCUAACGAGAUAUGAAUGGUCAUUCCAUUUGGAGAGACUCGAUUGUGAAUAAAUUUGUUUUCUUUCAAGCUUCAACAAGAUAAUUCCAUUUAACCCAUUUCCUCCGCGCGCGCGAAUUACUGAACGAAUAAACGAUAACGUCAAUGAUAAGAUACACAAUUUUACGUCAGUUUUACAUUGAUUUUUCAACAAAUUCAAUCCUAUUCUCACGUGAGAUUGACGGUUCUUGUAAAUUAUGUUUUUCGCCUAUCCAUGUUGGAAGAGGAGUAAAUCUUUGUUUUUAAUGGCACAACACAUACCUAUAAUUAAUAUCUGCUUAUUAUUCCUUAAGCACAACUCAUGUAAAUGUAUAUAGCACUAUCCUCUUUGAAUUUUAUUUUGUAUAUAAUAAUAUGAACAAUAUCAAGUUAAUUUCUAUCUAAUCUAAUCCAAUCUUAUAUCAUGAAUUUUAAACCAAGUCUAUCUUGCAAUUUUCAGACAAAUCUACAUGCCUAUAUCAAAAUAUAUAAUAUUUACUCCAAAUCAUUUCCUGCUUCCUUAUUGCAUAAAAAUAUAUAAAUGAUGAUAUAAAUUAUAUGACAUAUUAUUAUUAUGAGAAAGCAUUUUUGGUAAGGCAAUGGUGAUUUUUUUCAAUUGAGAAAUUCAACGAAACUAUGCUAGAUAUUUUACUUCACCGAACACAAUGUUUAAAUUGGAAUCCUACAUAACACCAGUAAUUCUCAGCUAUGUAGAAAAAUAUGUAAAAAAUUUUAAGCCAGAACAGUCACAGGUAUCUUUGUGGGGCGGAGAUGCAUCAUUUCAGAAUUUGGAUCUACGAUUAGAAGUAUUGGAGGAACAACUUAAUCUUCCAUUUGUCUUUGUUAGUGGUCAUAUUCAUGAAUUAUUGAUACACGUUCCUUGGGUAAAAAUUACAUCUGAGCCAAUAGUUGUUACUAUUAAUACUAUAGAGUGCAUUUUAAAAUUGAAAGAUGAGAAUUCCACAGAAACUAAUACAGCGACGAUACAAAAGAAGAAAGAGAUGGUACAAGAGGAAGCUCCACCUGGAUAUAUCAAAAGUAUAGUUACAAAAGUCAUUAAUAAUAUUACCAUUCAUUGCAACAAUCUUAUCUUGAAAUAUGUGGAGGAAGAUAUUGUGCUUAGUAUAAAUGUCAGAUUUUUAAGUAUGCAAACAGUUGACAAUAAAUGGGAGCCAGCAUUUGCCGAAGUCAACACUCAAGAGGUAAUGCUUAGGAAAGUUAUUACUAUCCAAGACUUGACAUUGUGUUUAGAUAAAAUGGAUGCAUCAGGAAAAAUAGAAAUAUAUCAGGAUCCCGUUUUGUAUCGAUGCUCAAUGACAAUCCGCAUGAUCAUAAAUUAUCACAACAACACUUUAAAAAGAGCAUCCAUCACAAGACUCGAUCUUCAUUGCGAGAAAAUGGAAUUUAGUAUGACUGAACAACAAGUACCGAUGCUCCUCAGACUGAUAGCUCUAAUAAUGGCGUUACAAACAAAACAAUUUCCACCAAUCAAAGAAAAAUCUUCCAUUACUAUGGAUGAGAGAGAAGAUGUUGCACAAGAUGAUACAAAUCAGCUAACAGGAACUUCUACAGAUGCGGUUGGAUGGGGUGGUUGGGCUUGGGAUAUAGUAUCAUCUGUUCUACCCGUUGAUAAUAAUUGGUCUGCUGAACAACAAAUGGCAUAUUCUGGUCAUACCAUACAUUUAGGUCUUUAUAUAGAUGAUGCUACUUUAACAUUUAAGACUGUUGAAAGUGUCAAAGAACAGUUAUUUUAUAAAUCUCGAAAACUUAGGUACAAAUCUUUUUUAUCACUUCAAUUAAAUGGAGUUGUGAUAGAUACUUUAAUUCAAGGAAUUGCAAUGACGACCUUCCAAAUUGGAAUAGCGUACGUACAGCUUUAUCCACGAGGCACAUGCAGCUGUGGGUAUCUAGAAGUUGCUGAUGGUGUUCAGCCGCCUCUUUACGUAACAGCUGGGAAUUUGAAUAUUGAUUAUUUAAAAGAUUCAUUAUUUGAUAAAGAGGCCGCAGAAAAUAAGGGAAAGAAAAGAAAUUACAAGCCAGGAAUAGAUCAUUAUUUAUCAACAACUUCAAUCGAAAAAUUAUUAGAAAGAUGCCCAGCGUUUGUAAUGGAUUAUAUUUAUUAUGUGGAAUUACCCGAUGACAUAACUCCUGAAAAAUUGCUCGAAUUUGGAUCAAAUUUUGAAUACAGCAAUUUUCAGGAACACAGAGUAGUAAGAUAUGUAACUGGAGAUUUAACAAUCAGAUUAUGUUCUGGUAUUUUUCAUCGUAUUGAUACUAUUAAACAAGCUGCAGCAAAGUAUGAUUAUAAUCCCUAUCUUAUAAUAAAACCAGAUCCUCUUAUCGAUGAAUUGCCUCCAGUCACAUUGGAAGAAUAUGAGGCGCUCAGAGAAAAUGUAUCAAUGACAGAAACAAAAUUUGUAUUGAAAAGAGCAUCGUUACAAAUACAAUUGGCAGAUCAUUGCAUCGUAGGAGUGCCACGGCAACGUAAAAUUAUCGAAACUCGAACUACGCCAUUAUCUCCAGCUCUUACGGAUGAUCCUUUUGUAAGCAUUGAAUGUGAUGAAGCAAUUGCCACUAUAAUACAACCAAUGUAUCCAUUUAGACUUGUGGCUUGUGCAUCAAAAUUAACAGAGCUAUCACCAGAAAUGUUUACUCAAUGCCAUGCGAAUACUGAUAUACAAGUGACUGGAGCAAAAAGUCAACUUCACUUAACAAAAACUUGCGAUACUUCAAUAGUAAUACCUUACUCGGUCGAAGCUUCUUCAAAAAUAUUAUUGUAUCCUCAGUAUUGGCGAGAUAUAGACAUGAUUCAAAAGUCAUAUUCUUUUCAAUCGGAUAGUGUUACCAUCACGGGGACUAAGGCAAAAUUAAUGACUGCAGUAUCGAUUGUAACUUCUGCUUUUUAUCCUACAGAUACAACGAAUCUACUUACGUGUUCUACACUUUUUAACGAUGCCUGUCAAGAAAAAUGUCCAGUGUACUUAGAAUUAUGCUUAGAAAAUAUAAGUUGUAAGAAUGUAUCAUCUUCAGUUACGAUAUCGAAUGAAGCAAAUAUAAACUCUAUAAAAAUAUUUACUUUUAAUGAUUCUCAACAAGCCUUUAUUUUUUCGGGUCCAGAAAAUCGUGACAGCGACACAGGAAAUGUAUCACUUUUGUCUGCUGUGAUACAAUUUCCUAAAAACAUUGAAAUGCAAACGCACCCACCUCUCAUUUCGUUUAAAAUUGCCGAAAUCAGAGCUUCCUUAGAUCCACUUUUCUUUGAAUGGUUGGAAUAUCGUAUCACUUAUCACAAAUCAGGAAACAUAUAUAUACGUUCGGAUAGUCAACAAUUCAUUACCGAAGGUACAUCAUCUGAUACAGGAACAAGGAAGAAAACAUUUCCAAGUCUACACGAAAGCGUACAUAGCUCGUCAGACAAAGAGAAAAAAAGAUCAGCUAUGACAGAAAAAUCAAAAACACUACGAAAUGAUGAAACGCAAAAGAAAAGUGAAUUUAAGCUGGAAGGAGAACAACAGAAACCGGGAAUAUUGAUGAGAUUAGCAGAGACAUAUUCGUGGUGGUGCAAUCUUGUGCUAAAUGGUUAUAUAGGACAUAUUAUCAUUUAUAUACCCUCUGAUACAAUGAGUGGUAUUGGAGCUGAUGGUAUAGAACAAGCGAAAGAUAGAGCUUUAAUGGAAAAUCAAGAUUUACAAAUAAUGAUAAUAAAGCUACCAAGUCUUCUUAUACACUCAUCUAAUCUGAAUGCUGAGAUGCUGAAUCCAUAUCUACAGAAUCUUCCUGCUAAAUUACCGGAAUCAAUGUGGACAUGUCGAAUGCAAAGUUUUCCAUGGACAUUAAGUCUUAUUGAUUUUCAUUGUUAUACGUUACAACAGCAAAAUCAAAAAAAAUUUUUUAAAAAAAAGUUUAUAUUAAAUGCUACAGUAGCUCUUACAACUAAGACUGCUACAACUCAGUUAAAUAUACUUACUGCUUUAAGUGUUUGUGUACACAUUGAUAAUUCGCCUAUUAUUAUUUCAUUCUCGGAGGACCAGGUUAAUUUUAUGAGCAAUAUAAUUUCAAAUAUUAUAAAAAUAUUACAAAGUUUAUGUACUUCUCGAAACGAUAAUGCAAUUAUACCACAAAUGAGCAAUGAAAUGCAAAUUGUUCUUCCUGCUAUACCUCAAACUCCAUCCACUCCGACUCAAAUGAUGUAUCAAGAAGAUACUACCAAUUCAACUAUGUCUACAUCAAAAGAUGACUUGGAAAAAGACGAUUUAGUUGUAACAGCAUGGAUUCAGUGGACCAUAACAAAAGUAGCAAUAAAAUUAUACAUUAUGGGACAAGAAGAUACACCGUCUUUAAAAUUAAUGUUGGAAUUGGAAGAUAUUAUAACAUCUUUAGAUUUGCAAUCAGUUUAUAUGCAAUUAAAAAAUAAAAUAACAACAGCUACAAUAUUUCACUAUAUUAGAAGUCCACAUACAUUAAACUGGGACAUUGGUGAAUAUGCUGGACUAAUACUCUGUGGAAGGGAAGAUAAUUUAGAAAAAAGUGAUGAUUCUGGUUUUGUGAGUUUUACACUUACACGUGCAAAAUCCGGAAAUGUGUACACACGUUGGGGUACUCACAAGCGUCAUAAGCCUCAAAAGAAAGAACUGCUAAUUGAUUCGACGCUAUCUACAAAUGGCUAUAUUUCUGAAAUACUUAUCAAAAUGCAAAUGGUUGAUAUAAUCCUACCAAUUAGUGUAAUUAGUAAAUAUGUUCAAUUGGUGAAACCUUUUACAUAUCUCGGUUCAUCUAUCGAGAAAAGCACAGAAACUAUCCACAGUAAAAACAUGGCAACACCAUUACUUGGUAUAACCAAUUUAAAUAAUGAAUCAUUGCCAUUAAUACAUUUAGAAUUCAAAGGUUUUCGUCUCAUGAUGCCAGCUUGCACUGACACAAAUAAAUUACAACAUGAUUUACUGAUGCUUCAGUUGGAUGGUAUUCGUAUUACACCGGAUGCGGAAAAUCCAAUUUGCAGAACUCCAUUGCGCACCGACAUUUAUCAAUUGGCCGCUCAGGCAAAUAUAUUAAAUGUACCAGGCUCCGCUGUAGAAGAUCGUCAAUAUCAGAUUAACGUUAAAGGAGUAUGUGCAUAUUCCACUACGUGGAAGAAUUAUCAGCUAAGCAUUAAUAAGAGAAUGUCUCAAUCAUACUUGUAUACAAUGAACGAGAAUCCAGCAUUAGAAUGGAAUAAGCUCGGGAAUGGUAGUAGUCUAGAUCCAUAUUUUUCAACAUCUUCAGUGUUAACAAAAUUUGAUCUCUGUUUAAUUAUUGCACCAGCUGUCACAUUUAAAGGAGACAUAAUAGUCUGUGGAAGCGCCAUUGAAGUAAAUUGUAUUACAGAUAUAGAAUUGACAAUAAAUUUAGAUCAAAUUAAAUUAAUAUCGACGCUCAAUAAUGAAUUUAUAACAUUAUUAUCUGAAAGUUUUGAGAAAGUUGAUGAUAAAAAUAGUUCUAAUACUGUAGUUCAAAGAUUUUCUUCAGGACCUCAAAAUAUGAAACCAAUUAGUUGGUUGAAACAGACAUCAGAUGAUUCAGAUAUUGAUUUUACAAAAGACAGUGGUAUUGAUUUUGAAAUGUCCAGCAUGCAUUCAACAGUAAUUGGAAGACCUACAGUUACUGAAACUAUGAUACUUUCACCAUUUGAAUUUUUAGUAAAUUGUGGAAAAAUAACACUUAUUUUGUAUGAAGUCCAGAAUACAUUCCUUGAUUUAGAAGAUAGUGUGGAUAUGCACAAAACUGACUGUGAAGAUGACAAUGACAGUGUAAAGCAACCAUUACUUUAUAUAAUGAUCAAUCAACCAAAUAUUUAUUUCUCUCAGCAACAUUUAUCUAAAAAGAUACAAGUGUCUUGUUUCGAUAUAACAACAGCGCUUGGUGAUACACAAAAUCUAAACACGAUACCGACCGAAAAAGAUUUCAAAAUUUAUAUGAUAGAAACAAAACAUGGAGAUCCACAUCCAGAUACGGGUAUCCCGCCUUCUUUUGUGACAAUAAAAUCUGAAAUGAUUCUAAGUAAGAACCGCCAGUUUUUCAUCGAAAUGGGACGACCGACAAAAGUACAUCUCUCUUUGUCUCGACUCAAUAAACUCUAUGAAAUACGAAAUAAGGUAUUAUCAUGUUUUAUUGAUGACGAUCUUACGCAAGUACCUAUAGAAAAGAAAGACAUUUUUCAUAUGGAUUCUCAAAAUUUAGCAGCGCCAACAAGAGCGAGGAAAUUCUGUGUACCUGAUUUGCAUUUAAAUACAAGACAGAUCGUAUUAUCUUUGAAAACUGAUACCGGAGCAGAAAUUAUUAUCAGCUUAGCAUCAUUAAAUGGAAAUGUAUCGACGCUUGUGAGACCAGACAGGAUAUAUUCAAAUUUGUCCAUAGACUCUUUCAUUAUAUCUGCUAUUUUAAAUGGAAAUAUUAAGGUGCUGCUAAAUCCGUGGUGUUGCAAUGUAAUAACUUGUUUACUUUGGGAGUCUUCGUAUAAUAGCGAGACCAUCCCGCAAAUACAAAUACAAGCAGAUAGUGAAAGUCUUUAUCUCGAUUUCGGACCGGAUCAGAUAAAAAUUAUGAAAAUGGUUAUGCAAGAUUGUCAGUUACUCUUAACUGAGUUUACUUCGUUGUCUACGAGUGAAAAUAAAAAUGAAAAACAAAUCGUGCUAUCGAAUGAACAACACUACAAGGAUGAUCUGAAAGCAGGUGCAUUCCAAUUUGUCGAUGGCACUGCGGAUGAGUUACCGUUUCCAUAUCAAGUAGUAUUCUUCGUUUAUCCUCAGCAAGCGAUGGCUUGGCGAUACCCGCAACCACGCACUUUAACAAGAAUACACAUAUCUCCCGUUCCAUUUGAGGCAACGGAUAUCGAUGGCAAUUAUAUUGACAAAAUUCCUUGCAUUCUUGAGUAUUGGAGCGAUAGCCACAUGUCGUAUCAGCGUUAUGCCGAUUUUUAUUUAUCGGAAACUGAUUCGUAUCGAUUAGAUCUCCCGGAAAAGGCACCAGCGCGAGCAGUAGCUUGUGUAUGGCGCGUGGUUAUUUUAUCCAACGGCAAGCGAUCGCUCUCAAAAAAUAUAGUUUCUGCUCGUGCUCUCGCUGCUUGUCUACGCAUCGAUUCUUAUUUCAAUCCUUUGUUAAUACCGAAUAUACAAAUCGCCUUGAAUAUCGGCGUUCUUCAUGUAUCUCUGUACAAUCAUAUUGAUACAACUGUAUACAACAACUUGCCACCACCACUGGAUAAAUAUAUCUUGAAUGGAAAAAUUCCCGAGAUACAAUGUUUCAUGUCCGUGGAACAAAAGGGAGCUGUUCUGGUAUUAAAUAAAUGGAUAGAUGAUUCUAUAUUGCUCGACAUUGGCGGCAGCCUGAGUAUACACAUAUUGGAUUACAGUCAUUUAACUAUGCAAGAAGUGCUGGACGCCCUAGAAGGAAGAUUUCAAUUGUCGUUGUCGGACAAAAUAGACAUAUCCUUAACAUGCAACCCUUUCACAUUGAAAUUAGGCCCAACAAUAACUCACACUCUUGCAGUUUCCACUCAUUUGUGGUUGGCGUCUUUUAAUGAAGAAGAAAAGAGCGUAAUUGUGCUAACACGUUACGUAAUUGCCAACGAUAGCAAUAUACCCAUACGUUUUGGUCAAAGUGGUACUGGAGAUAGUAUACUUCUUGAGAGCAGACAAUGUAACUUUUAUUCUUGGCGACAAAUUGGCAAUCAAACAAUACGAAUAUCGAUUGAGGAGAAUGCUUGGGUGUGGAGUCGGCCGUUUCCUGUUAACAAGGAUGGAAUUCAGGUGAUAGAAUUCAAUAAUUCGGUGACUAAUACAGCAGUCUUCGUAAACGUUACAUCACUCUCCGCCACGCAAAAGCUUGUAACAUUUUCGGGACAACUUGUAAUUUCCAAUCAAUUAAUAGAUAAUUUUGAGAUGAGAUUGGUAAAAUACGAAGAAGUUUGCUCAAAAGUGACAGUGUCCAAGGAGGUAUAUCCUAUUCCGGGCAAGAGCUUUCCGUCAUCUAUCAUGCUUGAAAACAACAAAAAGAUGGCUAUGCGGCUACGUUUUACUAAUUUAACGCAUUUGUCUUGGACUGGAGAUAUUCCAUUGCAACCCAACAUCAAAUGGGGCCAGCCGUGGCUCGUCAAAGUACCUCUGCAAGAACGUGGUCAAUUCUUGAGUAUCUGGGUACGGAUUGUGACGCAAAUGAUACAAGAUAAAGUGAAAAUCCUCGCAGUGCUAAGUCCCCUCUAUAUGAUCCGAUCGCAUUUACCUGUACCGGUUAAAGUACAAAUGGAAACGCCGUCACUGAAGAUGUCAUCGAGCACGAUGGUGAACGGUCGAGGCGAGUGUCAGCAGUUAUACUGUCCUGGUACGUUCGAGCACUUUCACCAGCUGACGUUUCAACUGGAAUCCGGAGUUUCUGCGUCGAAUCCUUACGUGCCACUUUCGUACAGUUCCGUGGAUCAACGAAAAUUUUUUCGAAGACCCGAGGUCGAGGACAUCGAUAAAAUUCUGCAAGAUCUCAAGAAUGGAAAGGACGAGGUGAACUGGCCUUUUCAAGGAGAUGAUAUCGAGGAAUGGAUAUCUGCGGAACAGCCGCAGACACAUGUACAAGUGAAGUACCAAGACGCAGGACUGGUCUCUAGCACUUUGCUGCUGGAACUCCAGCCUUGGUGCUUCGUAAUGAACUCGCUAGGCUGCCACAUCUCGUUAGUAUCGGAGGAUACGGAACUUUGCCAGAUCCCUCACUACGGCAUAGUCACGCCGCCCAAGUUGGAAAGCACUUUUCACGUGGGUGUCGGUAUCGGCGACACUUACUACACGUCCCCAACAUUACAAUUGGCACGACCCGAUUGGAGCCAGAGCUUCUACAUGCCUCGAAUCUGCGGUCUCGUGCCAGUGGGGAACAUCAAAACAUCCGUGGAUUGCGGCACGAGCGUGUCCAUCCUGAACAUCGGUUCGUCCAUGCACGAAGACAUGCGUUUGGUACGGAUUACGAGCAGCCAUGUGAUCGCAAAUCUGACGUCUCAGGAAUUGUGCGUGGCCACGCUUGCGGUGCACGAGGAAGCACGGGAUCUGCCGUUACCCCAUGACCUCACUCCUUGUAGUCUAAAUAUCUCGCCAUCCGAGGACCAAAGACAAGGCACACCGGCUAGGCAGUGGUACACAUUGUACACGGAGAGCAAUGUCGAACCGCUUGUGUUAUACAUAUCUCUUAGCCUCGGCCACAGGUGGUCCUGCCCGAUCAGAGUGGACCAAACUAUAAGUCGCAAAUCCGUCGUGAUUCCGAACGGUUCGUCCACCGUCCCAGUCAUCGUGACGACGCAGGAGGAUAAAGGCAGUACGUUCAUCGUGAUACACGACGACGAUCAUCCGCAAUUGUUAAUCGAGAACGCUUGCGGCUUUAAGAUCCUGCUGGGUCAAGCGGAUGAAAGAGGAAACGAGAUAUUACCGGACAGCGUUCAUUUUACAUGGAUAUGCGAAGUCGACAGCGGAGCAACGUCCCAUUAUUCUCUUCCCUGUGUCAGUAACAGACUACCUGACACUGCAGUCCCGAGCGCGUCGAACGUGUUAUUAUUUUCCACCGUGCAAAAUGAUCAGAUAGCAGGGAAGGCGAAUCUAAAGUGGUCGAGAGGUGUUAAUCUAUCUGCGUUGUCAUCUACGCCGAUAGAUCAAUAUCUACGACUACCUUCCUAUGGUGACGUAAAACUCAUAAUGUAUAAUCGCUGUUACACCACUCACAUAAGCGUCGUGCCUAUCUCCCAAAUUGAAAUAUCCGCCCAAGACAUUAGAAGCAGAUUAUUGCGAAAGAAAAAUGCGGCGAAAGAUCAUGACACCACGUACAAUAAUUCUCCACCGUUGAGAAGAUCAGAAGAGGACAAGUUAUUACCAUAUGUACAAAAUUCGAGUAGUUCAACAUCGUUAACGAGCUUUUUCUCGGCUCAAGAAGAUAUCUUGAUGAUGGAACAGAUACCUGUCUCGUCCAGUUCAAAACAGAUAAUUCCAAAGAUGGCAGAUACAAAAGCUUGCGUUGACGAAAAUCGUUUGAGGUCUACCGAUGACGCUAAUUCAAUUAAUUCAAAGGAAGGCUCUGUAAUAGCUUAUCUGCGUGCAUGUACUAUCGUUAUCCUCCAUGAUAUCAAUGAAAAUGCACAAAGGAUCGAAGUCGCAAACUUAUCUAUGACGGAUUUGGUCGUCACCGUGAAUUCAAAGGCCAGAUUUAUUAAUCUCUAUUGUUACAUAGGUGAUUUACAAUUAGAUAAUCAAUUGUUCGAUCAAGGAGGUUUUGAUUUUCCUGUAGUACUGAUAAAUCAGAAUCCUUUACCGAACAAAGAAAUGGCAUUUUUUAGUAAUAAUUGUUUAAUGACGAACAUGGAAAAAAUUAAACAAGAUUCUUUGAUCGCCAUCGAGUACGUCUGGGAAAGAAACGGAAGUACGAUAGCAUCAAAGGAAUAUCGUAUGAAAAUUGCACCUAUUAGUGCGUACAUUGAGGAUACAUAUAUAACGCAAUUAUUAGAUUAUGCGACUUCGAUGAUACCACCACGUUUGGUACUGAGUGACGGUGUUAAAAAGAUACAACCAGUAAUUACGUCGAACGCAAUGUAUAUACCGGAGUACAUUAUGAUCGAUUCAAAAAUAUUAAGCAAGCCACUGAGAUUACAAAACUUUGUGAUAGAACCGUUAUCGAUUUUAUUAAGCGUUCAUACUUCUAUGCGGCUCUACAUUGCUUUGGAUCAUUCUCCGUUAUACUUUGGUACCUUUGAAAGAAAGAACUUACUGACUACCCCUUACAGGCUUGGCAAUGCACUUACCAUGCAUUAUUUAUCUGGUGCCAUAUUCGGAGCAGGCUGGGUAGUUGGAUCAUUAGAGAUACUUGGAUCUCCGGGAGGUCUGGCACAAGCGCUUGGAUCCGGUCUCAGAGACUUUGUUUCGUUGCCAUUCCAAGGAUUAUUACAAGGUCCAUGGGGUUUUAUCGUUGGAAUUACACAUGGAUCAGCUAGUCUAAUGAAACAUGUCACAGCAGGUACCGUGAAUUCUGUAACGAAACUGGCAUCUAGUGUCGCACGAAAUUUGGAUCGUUUAACAUUGGACGAAGAACAUCUUCAACGACAAGAAGAAUCGCGCAGAAUGCGUCCUCAAGGGAUGGCGCAAGGACUUUAUCAAGGUUUAACUGGUCUCGGAAUGAGUUUGCUUGCGGCCGUGGCGGGCUUGGCGCAUCAUCCUUUACAGCAAGUAUGGUCAGGUGAGGCGACAACCAAAAGUUUAGUAACCGGAGUUGGACUUGGUUUAGUUGGUGUCGUUACUAAGCCACUGAGCGGUGCUGCUGAAUUAGUUGCUCUCACAGGUCAAGGAUUGUUACAAGGAGCUGGGUGGAAUUCGUUGCCUGCGCCACGUCAGAGACCAGUCGUACAGUAUACUACUGGCAAUAACAGCACGUCUGUUCGGUAUACCUGGCGUUUGUCACCCUUACUCGAUCACAGCCACGACAGCAUCCUUCAUGUAACCAGCGCAGAUUACGUGAUUCAUCAGGGUAGUAAUCGCGCAGUGACGCUUGUCCUCACGCGACAAGCUUUAUUACUUGUUAAUAUGGCAGAGGACAGCGUAGAACGAAUAUUUUCCUUGAAAGAACUAACAAGUGUCGAUCAUAUCACGGAGUCGACAAUGUUGUGUUUGUAUUGUCCACCGACCGCAAUACAACUGAGUAGACCUUUAUCACCGGCUGAACACGAGAUGAAUCAAGAAAUGAGAGCGCGAGUAGAGGAAUACGUGCGAACAAGCAGUACUGGUUUGGCUAGUGUAUCAACUAAUAGCGACAGACAGUCUGACACCUUCGAGAGAGCAUCCCCACAUCCGGAACAUACACUUACAUUUUACGUUUGCCCCGAUACUCGUAAUUAUUUAUUAUCACUAUUCAACCAAGCCAAGCGACAAAAUCAAGGUUCCGGUUUUGCCGUUUUAUAAUAAAAUAUAAUUUCAAAAAAGAACAAAUUGCAAAAUAAUUCAAUGAUUGAAAAAAUAUUUUAUAUAUAGUUCUUUAUAUCAAUUCAAAUCCAAAUUUGAUAUUCUUUUCAUCUUUUGAAUAUUGAAGCACAUAUUUCCAGGAAUAAUUCAAACUUAAAGUUAUAGGCAAAUAGUAUUAUAAUUUAAAAAAUGAAUUAAAAAAAGUGAUUCUCAAAUCUUUAAAUAAACAUAAUCAAGUGUCAUGUACUUGAAUGGUUAUUCUUAUUUUUAUUAAAAUAUAUUGCGCAAUUAUUGCUUUUGUUUUAUAUAGGGAACAUAUGUUACGAAUUUAUAAUAUAUAAAUUUAUUAUAAAUCCAGCGUAUAAGCUAAACAAAGUAUACAAAUUCUAUAAAAAUAUUUAUAACAACGUUGUUUAUUUAAAAAGGAUUCAUGCAAAAA